GUCGCCGCCAUGCCACCUAAGAAGAAGAGGCGUACAAAUGGAUUAGAUACACCUCAGGGUUCACCAGCUCCUGAGCCCACCACCCCUACUCUAGACUCAUGGCCUGGUUGGUGUGAGAUCGAGUCUGAGCCAGUUUGUUGGCAUCUUACAACUCAACAUGUUCCAAACACUCAUGCAUUUACANNGGCCUUCUUUACAACAAUCCUCAAAGACAUGGGCGUCCGCGAUCUCAGAGUUCACGAGGUUUUUGGCGUUGACGAUGACAAUCUUGCCGUUCUACCCAAACCAGUACAUGCAGUCAUCUUCCUCUUCAAAUACCAACAAGACGGCACUGCCGAGCAAGUCCAAGAAAAGACCUGUCCAUCUCAUGUCUGGUUCGCCAAUCAAAUUUCCCAAUAUGCAUGUGGAACUGUGGCUUUGCUCAACAUCAUCAACAACAUUCCCAAUUUAGAACUCGGUCAACCUCUAGAGUCUUUCAAGGACUACACUCAAUCAUUCGAUCCCAUCGCCAGAGGCUAUGCCAUUGACAGCUUUGACUUUGUGCGCAAGAUACACAAUUCUUUCGCGCGGGAUACUGACAUGCUCAUCAGUGGCCAAAGCAGCAGAAAGGGCGGCCGAGAGGGCUGCAAAAACAGAUCCGAACACNNAAGUGCCGUAAGAUCUAACCCUUCACGCAAAGCUAGAACCAGCAAAUCAGUGGUCGAGGAAGAAGAGGAGCAAGAAUCAGAGGAGUCCGGCUUUCAUUUCGUCGCAUAUAUGCCGAUUGGUGAUGACGUCUGGAAGCUCGAUGGUCUUGAUUCGUUCCCGACAACCAUUGGAAAGAUACUGUCUGGUGGAGACUGGCUAGACGUCGUCCAGACAUCUCUUAGCGUUCGCAUGGCUCAGUAUGAGGAGGGUCAGAUUCAGUUCAGCCUAAUGGCGGUUAUUCAAGAUCCAGUCGUCGAAGAUCGCCGCAUUCUUGCCCAGAAUGUCCUGUCACUACAGAAGACCGAACUUCUCCUGAACGAAGCAUCUCAAGACUGGUGUAGCUAUACUGCCGUCGAUCACGAAGACUGUACCCUGCUCGGCGCGAGUCAGGAGUACGGGCUAACAGAAGAGAUGAUCGCACAAGCCGGCAUACCCGAAACUAUGGCGCAUCAGCUCCGCUCCAACUGCCUGGAAAGCCUCUUGAAGGUACGGCAAGAGCUGACAACCAAUCAAGCUGGUUGUCGAGCACAGGUACGCGACUCGCAACAAGCUGAGAUAAUGGACGCAGAAGAAUCCAUGCACCGCAGACACGAUUAUGGCUCAUUCGUUAAGGCAUGGAUGCAGGCCCUCGUAGACAAAGAAGCCCUGAAACCCCUGCUAGAUGAGGAAAUCGAGCGGUGA